AUGAAGUCCGCUUCAGGAAUGAAGGCUUGGGAAUCCUUGAAAGCUUUCGAGAUGACAUUCGGGCCUCGUAUGACUUUUGAAACAACGUUACCAGCCGUUGAGCUUGCGAAUAGAGCUGUUCAGGCAUAUUCAGGCGGAACUGAGAACAAAAGUAAACGGGUUGAGAUCGGAGUCAACAUGGAGCUGAUCAAUACCUGCUCAGGCUGUGCUGUUUAG